AAAAGCACACAAAGAACGUACUACUACUUUCUUACCCAGCUGCCAGCUUGUCAUCUAAAAUUUUAACUAUCAUCGCCUGAAACACAAACCAAUCUACAUGGAAGCUUAUUAUUCCGGUUCUUACCCUGCGUCGACCAAGCCUAUUUCUCUGCUUCACACCGUGCGGAAGGUACAAGCAAAACCGUGGAAGAAGGCGGCAGUGGCGCCACCGGCACCGACACCGAUCAGAGUGUACAAGGUGGACGCUAUCAACUUCCGUGACCUUGUUCAGCAGCUUACCGGUGCACCCGAGUUCAAGCCAGCUGAUCAGGAACAACAUCAACUUUUCCCAAGUGUCGCACCUAUUGCUGCCACCUUUGUAGAUACGCCCCAAAAGCCAAUGUUGUCGAGCAAAGACAAUAUUGCAGCAUCAUCGACAGUGUCCUCGGCCACUAAUUGGUACCAGGGGGCAAAAUCUGAACCAUUGGAAAUGAAUUUAUCAUCACCCUCUUCUUAUAACUGGUUUUUUGUCCCUCCUAUCAGCCAAGGAAACAUGACCAGCUUGGAACCGGGGAGGGUUCUCUAGUUAUUUUUUAUUUAUUUAUUUAUUUUUAUCUCCCUUAGUUAUAUAUGCUUAAUUAUUUCGUCCGGUGGAUAUAGCUUUUGUCCACAGUUUGUUUCAUUUGGACUUCGGAGCGUACACCAGCUAUCUAGAUCUGAGCUCCGGCAGCUGCUAGUUACACCGUUUUUUGAUUAUGUAUUUCUUAAACUCUUGAGGUAUAGAUGAAAAACAUUGAAGUGUAACUUUUUAAUAUUGAAUAAAAGUAGAAAUGUUUGAUAAAACGGUUA